GCGGUCCACAGAGAGCCACUGGCUGUUGGGCCUGGGGCCGCUUGUCGAGUGGCCAGUGACGCAGGUGUGUGCCUGGGGCUCAGGGCAUGGUCUGAGCCAGAGAGGUGGCUCCAUGCCCUGAAGUGACUGGAGCUCUAAACGUUCCUCCUGAGAACCCGAGACCAGGGAUCCCAGGAGAGCGGUUGGGCACCUGGGGGCCAUCACACCUGAAUCCUAUGAGUGGGGGCAGGGCUGCCCCAGCACAGCACACCUCAACCUGUGAAGAUGGCCCUGUUUCCCACUGGGAUCAGCUGGGACCCUGCAGCCUCCCGGUUCCUGUGGCCCACCCAGAGCCUGGAAACCUGGCAGGUGUCCGGCACAUCCUCCUCGUCCUCUCGGGAAAGGGGGGGGUCGGGAAAAGCACCAUCUCCACGGAGCUGGCCCUGGCCCUGCGCCACGCGGGCAAGAAGGUGGGCAUCCUCGACGUGGACCUGUGUGGCCCUAGCAUCCCCCGCAUGCUUCGGGCGCAGGGCAGGGCCGUGCACCAGUGUGACAGUGGCUGGGUCCCCGUCUUUGUGGACCAGGAGCAGAGCAUCUCUCUCAUGUCUGUGGGCUUCCUGCUGGAGAGCCCGGACGAGGCAGUGGUGUGGAGGGGCCCCAAGAAGAACGCGCUGAUAAAGCAGUUCGUGUCUGACGUGGCCUGGGGACAGCUGGAUUACCUGGUUGUGGACACGCCCCCGGGGACCUCUGAUGAGCACAUGGCUGCUGUGGAGGCGCUGCGCCCCUAUGGCCCCCUGGGGGCCCUCGUGGUCACCACGCCACAGGCGGUGUCUGUGGGGGACGUGAGGCGGGAGCUGACCUUCUGUAGGAAGACAGGGCUGCAGGUGGUCGGGAUCGUGGAGAACAUGAGUGGUUUCGUCUGUCCCCACUGCACAGAGUGCACCAACGUCUUCUCCCGGGGAGGCGGGGCAGAGCUGGCCAGACUCACCGGAGUCCCCUUCCUGGGCUCUGUGCCUCUGGACCCUGAGCUCACCAGGAGCCUGGAGGAAGGUCGAGACUUCAUCAGGGACUUCCCUCAGAGUCCCGCCUUCCCCGCGCUCUCCUCCAUAGCCCAGAAGGUUCUGAGUGAGGCGCCUGCUCGGCUCUCCUGACCAAGGCAGCCCCCUCUCGCGUCUCUGGCCGCGCACGCUCAGACCUAAGCAGAGGCUGUGGCCAUGCGGGCCUCUGGGCGGUAGAGCGGCCGACAGUGGGUGGUUCUGUCCGGCAGGCCGGUGGCAGGGCCCGGGAGAAGGUGUGGGGUCCUGGUGGCUGAACUCUCAGGUGACGGCACGCGCACCCCCGGACCCACGGCCGGGCUGUUGUUCGCAGCCAAGGCUCCAUGUGGGUCCCAACACCUACACGUCUGGAGAAAUCCUAGGGGCGUCUGCUGUUCUCAGCGCCUCCCGCCAGUGCCAUCGUGAGCGAUGCCGGGACAGCGGGGAGCGUCUUGUGAGGCAUUAGACUUAACUUCAGAGGAACCCACGAUUAAAAGUGUCCCACUGCCGCA